AUUGUCUCAAGUUUUAGUAGGUCUUUCAGGGAAUCAGCCAAAGGAAUUUCGCAGCGGUAUCUGUGCACCUUUGGAAAUGGCACCAAGUGCCUCUUUUAAGACCUUGAGUCUUGGCCUCCUGCUUUUCUCGGCGAUCGAGGCCGCUCGAGUCAAGCGCGAAGCGGUAGGUAACUCCGCCUGCCAACCUCUGCCUGCCCCCAAUAACGGAAAGAUCAACUGUGCCAGCAGUGUCGACGGAUUCGACUUUGUCUGCACCGCCACAUGUAACACCGGAUUCCAGUUCAAGACAAAUGAAGCGUCCGUAGAACGAUCAUGUGACAACUUUGACGGAAGCUGGUAUGAUGGGAAGAAUAUCCCCGAGUGUCAGCCUGUAUGCUCCCCGGGGUGUCUGAACGGCGGGUCGUGCAAUGAACCCAAUAAGUGCGCUUGCAUAGACGGAUGGAGAGGCUCACACUGCCAGCACCAUUCCAGUCUGUGCGCGAAGCCCUCGGGUCCUUUGUUCGGCAGCAUCCAGUGCAAGGCUGACAGUACAGCUACUGUCUGUACUGUGGGCUGCGCACCCACCUUCAAGUUCCAGACACCCCCCGCCCCUGAGUACAGGUGCUCGGCUGAUGGUACAUGGAGUCCCCCCAAGGAGAGCAUCCCAGACUGUGUGCAAGAACUAGUUGCCCCAUCUGUUCAGCCAACGGGCAGUUUAAUCCACCCCGAGGUGAACGGUGACGCCACCUGCGUUACAUGGGGCCAGGACCACUACAGGACCUUCGACAACAAGAUGUACACAUUCCAGGGUAACUGCCACUACCUCCUCGCCAAGGACUGCGCCUUCAAUACCUUCGACAUCCACGUCAUCAACGACGGGAACUGCACGGUUGGAAAGCAAUGCAAGAGAGAAAUAGACAUCUACAUGGGCUCAACGAAAAUCAGUUUGCGUCAAGGUGCUGGUGGACCCGAGGUCACGUGGAAUGAUGCCCCUGUGAAGGUCCCCGGUGCCCACGAUGGUGUUGUGUACGAACUGGUCGGCUCCUAUAUCGCCGUCAGAACUGGACUUGGCUUCAAGGUCAAAUGGGACGGAAAGGAGUCCAUCUUCGUGCAGGUGGCCGAUGAUCUGAAAGGCAAGACGUGUGGCCUGUGUGGACGUUACGACGGUGACCCUAACAACGAUUUCGAGACGGACACCGGCAAAGUGGUCACGUCUGCAGCUAGCUUCGCCACCACCUGGAAGAAGGAGCUUCUUGAUGGAUCCUCUUGUCCCGAUGUCUCCCAGCACGCUGUAUGCAAGAUGGACACCCCCCAAAACAGCCAGAAGGCCCUCAGGGCGUCCAAUAUCUGCCAACAGCUGAUGACUGAUGCCUCCUUCGCCGCCUGCCACUCUGUUGUUGACGUAAACCCCUACAUCCCAAGCUUGCAAGACAGACUGUUGCAAUGGCGACCAGCAAGCAUGCGCGUGCAACACCUUCGCUGA